UCCAAUCCUUCCAUUUUCAAAUUUUGCAAUCGGUAGCUAUAUUCUGUCAGUUGACUUUUAUUGACUUUUACUGAUUAAAUCUUUUUAAAUUUACCAAAAUUUUGAGUAUUGAAACAAGGCUCUGUUUCCAAUAUUGAUCGGUAUAAAUACUCAGCUCAAACAUCAUGGAUUCGAAUUUUAAAUCGCGAAUAUUCUGAUGAGGCUUUCUCCAAACAGCAAACACAGCUCCAACCAUGCAACAGAAAGUUUGGUUUUUCAUUUGCCAGUCAUAUCUUGUUCGAAAUUCCAAUUUCUUUUCAUAGGGAUAGUAUUUAAAUAUACAGAAGGGAUUUAGGAAAAUGCUUUGUAUUCCUGUGUCUUUUUAAAAAAAUGAGGGUUUGGUUCUUUGUUGAUUCUUUCAAUGCAUUGGAAGCUCAAGUUUUACACGCUUUUUAAUCGAGCUGCACUGAUCUAUACAAAAUACGCAUGACACGCUAAAAUCGAGCUGCUACCAUUUCCACAUGCACAUUUGAAUGUUUAAAAUAACAUCGAUUUAUUAAUUCUACUGGUGAUAGUAUUCAGUCAAGCUGGGUCACAGGGGGGUCAAGAAAACGUGGAACCGUUGCUUUUGUUGGCUGUUAUAAGAAGCGGCAUGUUAAAAAGCCAUUUUCAUAAAGAGUUACCUCUUCAGCGGAGCGCGCAAGGCUGGUAAAUUAUCGUGUAACAAUUUGUGUACGUGGUGGAGUAUUGUGUUGGUUGAACAUCGGUACCUCUAUAGCAGGGUGGCGUUUCUAAAGACAGGGGAGAACAAUUGAAGACAGAUCGCUUUGUUUACGUCUUGCUCAAAAGAGCCGACAAUGAUUGCAACGGGAAGACAUAAUUAGAUUGAAGUCGUCAAAAGCGAGUUCACAAUCGGAUGGGCUUUGAUUGACAGGAGGGUGACCGCAUAGUCAAGAUCGGAGGUCGUAUAGUUCCCGCUAACAGCCAAACGAUAAGCCAUUCAUGCUAAAACUUAGCACAGGAAAAGGAGCUGUGGAAUUCGCGAGGAAGCUCCCGUAUAAUCGCGUUUGGUAGGAAACUGUGAGCCUGCGAGAUCACUUCAUUUAGCGAGUGAAAAUCACACGUACAUAGCUUUUGCCUGGAAGUUUAACUUGUCGUUCAAGUUAUCAGAAAUACUCGCAUUUUUAUUGAAGGCACUUUUUCAGCAUUUGCAAGAGUUUGCAGAAUUUUAUUGUGUUAUGAAAUGAAAUAAUUUAGAGUGACAAGUUCAAUAACAUGGAUUAAUGAUUGAAGAUUCCGAAUUCAAGCAUAAAUCAAACGAUGGGCAGAUGCUUCGAGUGCCGUUUAAGUAAACUGGAUUUAUAAUGAUAUUAUCUUCUGGCAAAGAAAAUAUGGGUAUUGAAACAGACAGAUUUGUAGAUAAUCUUCCUCAAGAAGUUCUUUGUCCUCUGUGUUGUCUAAUUUUGAAAGAGCCAGUAUGCAGCCCCUGUGGACACUACGUUUGUGCAGGUUGUUGGCAAAGCUGGCGAAGGGGACCAUCAGCAGAUAUUUGUCCUUAUUGCUGCUCAAAGAUAUUAUCGAACGAUAGUGUGCAAAGAUCCCAGACUGUAUGGAAGCUCGUAUUAAAUUUCAAUGUCUACUGCCCGUAUCACAAGGACGGCUGUACUGCUGUUUAUAAACUUGGACUGGAGGAUGUUCAUUUGAAAACCUGCCCGUACAAUAGAGAAAAUGGGUGCGAAGGGGAUUAUUUUAGUGAAAGCGAGUUAAUAGAGAAAAGGAAAGCCCUGAACAAUUGCAGGAAUUGUCAUCAUACUGUUGAGAAUGCUUGUGAACACGAUUGUUUAGAUGUGUUAUUGGAGACAGUAAAAACGCAGAAAAUUCAAAUAACGAACUUGGAGUACGAAAAUGACAAACUUUCGCUUAGGCUGACAUCGAAGGAAAACGAGAUAAUGGACCAGCUUGUAGAUGUCGAAAAUCGAUGUCAAAAACAGGCCUUGAAUUACGAACGGGAAAUUCGAGAACUUCGAACGAAAAUGGCAGCUCUGCAAGGAGAGUUACGCAAAAGAGACGGAGAGAUCGAAGAGAUUGAAUUAACGGUAACCCUUGAGAGGCAAAAUGGAAGCUUAGGUCUGAAUAUUGUUGGUGGCUACCAGGAAGGGAAGGACUCAAGCGGCAUCUUUAUAUCGAGAAUCGCAGAGAAUGGUCCAGCAAGCCGGCCAGGCAAGCUGCAGCUAAACGACAGAGUUCUCGAGGUCAAUGGUCAAGACCUUCGUAAAGCAACACACGAAGACGCUGUUGAAGCGUUCAAAAAUGCUCAUGGUAUGGUUCAUCUACUGUUGCGACGGGACGUUGCGAUGGACAAGCGAAAGUGGAACAUCGCAACACAAACUGACUGUUCAAAGUCCUGCGAGUUGACGGAUUCGGCGGUAAUGUCGUGUAGUGAGGCAGAAGAAAGCCUCCUUUCGGUUUCGGGAAAUAGCAAAGCCGAUGGUCCGGCAAAAAGCGAUCUUUACGACUCUGCUUACGACACAUUACUUACGCAAAGAUCAUCGCGAAGCCAUCGAACUUAUUGCAUGGAUGGGUCGGUUUCGCCUAUCGUUGAUGCAUUACAAGAACCGAAAGAUGUUUCGUCUGAAAGUUGCGACGAUGUCCGAACUAUUACGCCUUCCACCGUUAUCAAUGGAUAUGGAAAUACGUCACCGGGGGCCAGAGCGACAGCAACAGGAAUUCGAAGUGGGUCAACGAGCACUGACGAUAGCCUCAGUCCGGUGCAUGAAGUUAAACUGAGGCGAAGCAAAAAUGAUGACAACUCAAGUCCGAGAAAGGUCAUCAGAAGAAGCACGUAUUUUUUGGUGGAUGAGUCUUUAAAUGGGUCAAUAUCUUCGAUCAUCAACAGUUUGUCCGAGGAGAGCAAGGUGUCCGUAGAAAAUGCCAGUACUGUGACAUCAACGUCGAAUGACCUCGAUAUUGAAUAUGAAUAUGAAUACGAGGAGAUCAUGUUGAAUAAGAUAGGCAAGGAGUUUGGCAUCUCUGUUGGUUAUGGUGGUGAAGAAGAUGAGCUUGGCGUUUAUGUUCUAAGGGUUGAACCUGGAUCUUCUGCUGAAGUUUGUGGAAGAGUGAUGGUUGGGGACCAAAUUGUUCAGAUAAACAGCUCACAAAUUCGAACCGUGAAAGAAGCGAAUAGAAUUCUCCAGGAAAAUGAUGAGAUCAAAUUGCUUGUGGCUCGUUCGGUCACAGAGGUCCAUGAUCAAAUUCCAAAUGGUUUGAAAUCUAAUUCCGUAGAAAACCAGUUAAAUACUUUAAAUGAAGCGCAAAAUGAAAUGGAUUUAAUAUCAGAUACAACGGAAGGGAGCACAGUGAUUGAGCCUAUUGACAGUUCAUCCAGCGAACGGGCGUGCUCUAACGGGAGCCCAGAGGAGCCUGGAUCACCACAGGCGCAUAAUAUGACGAAAAAUUCCUGUUUAGUGCAGGAAACUAUGAUGGAUUGUAAUAAAAAUUUGGAAAAUGGGAAUAAAAAGCAAGAGCGGAAAGUUGAGCUGAAAGACGAUGUGAAAUUGACCUUAAAGGACUACGUUAUGUCGCGAUUGCGCGGUCACGAAAAAAUUAAAUCAAAAAGGGGUGAUAGUGACAAUGCAUCGUUGCAUGAUGUUUCAAAAGACAGGACGCUGGAACGUAAAAAUGCAAAGGAUUCAGACUUAGAAACGCCUAAGUCGCAGCGAAAAGACUGCCAAAAGAACAAUAGUUUGAGUCGCAAACAAAAGCUUGUAAAUGACAGUUGCAGUCCGGUUAGGACUUCUGACUGUUCUACCGCGUCUCCAAAUCACGUGAUGCGACAAGGCAAGCCAAUGAGAUCUGCAAUGAGAAAAGAGUCGAUGAAAAACAAAAGCCCUAAGCAUGUGCGCGUGGAUACAAAAACUGAUUGGACUGUUACUGAGAAACGUGUGUGGGAGGAAUUCAAAAUUAUUCAAAAUAUGGAAGCUGAAGAGGGCAAAGGUCAAACAGGGCUUGAGGCCGAGUGGAAAGUUCGAAGGUCAAAGGACGGCAAACACAUUUAUAUUCGUAAACAAUCGAGUAAACCAAAUAAAUCUCGUUUUUUAAAAGAAAGAGCUGAAAGACUCGUAGCAGAGAGGACGGGAAUAACUACGGACGAUGACGCAAACACGAUUUAUUUAGGAAAAUUCUGGAAUAAGGAAGAGCGUAAGCGACAAUUAUUAAGGCACAGGCUGAAGCGUGAAAAACUGUUAGAACGCCAGACGGCGAAAAAUUCUGUGCCCCCAAACCCAAUGGACAGUGUAAUGGCUGAUAUCGUACAGAAGCGAAUGACAGCCCCGGGUCAUGUUUUUGAUGACUUUUUAACAGUUGAAGAGAUAUUAACCCAGAGAAAUAAAGACGGAUUUCUGCAAGGGCCUAUUCAUGUAACAACGGUAUAGGCGAAUUAUUUACCACUUAAUUUCGCUCAAUUCAUGCGAUGGACGUUUGAACAAGUGAAGAAGGACUUUUGUUGUUUUUCUUUAACACAGAAAAAUCCAGAAGGGACAAGUUGCAGCUCAGUUGAGUACCUCGGUGGUUACCAAGCGACAUUACUCAAAUCACGAAGUCAGUGUUUCUGCCCGUCUUUGGUGUUACCCAACCGCGGUUGUUUUCCGCGAAACCUCGAAUGCAGCUUUUUGGAAGGAGUUUGUUUAUCCCAUGAAUGAAUUGUCAUUGGGUCGGUAGCAAACAGUCAUUCACACGCGGGUUGGUACCAAACAGUCAUUCACACGCGGGUCGGUACCAAACAGUCUUGUGUUUGCCGCAGACGCACGGGAUU